GGGGCACGGGCCGGAAGCGCUUCCCUGAGCGCUUUCCCCCAGCAGCAGCAGUGGCGGCGGCGGAGCAUUCCGCGAUGGAAGGCCUGGGCCCGGGCCCAGGCUCGGGCUCGGAGCCGGGAGCUGCGGGGCGGCUGCUGACGGAGGACGAGAUGGCCGAGGUGAAGAAGGAUGCCUUAGAAAGGAUGCGUCCUUACCUCUGUGAUAAAAUCAUAGCUGAGAGACACUUUGAUUACCUACGUUCAAAGAAAAUACUCACUAGAGAGGACACAGAAGAAAUUUCUUCUCGAUCUUCCAGUAGGAAAAAAACUGGGAAGUUAUUGGACUACUUAGCAGAAAACCCAAAGGGACUAGAUGCUUUGAUCGAAUCUAUCAGACGAGAAAGAACACAAAACUUCCUGUUACAAAAGAUAACUGAUGUAGUGUUGAAAGUCAAAAACGAAAAACUUGAAGCUCUCAAAGGUCUAAGCUGCAGCACCUGUAUGACCUCACUGUAUGGAGGAACAAAUAAUCUUUCUAGAUCAUAUUCUGAUGAAUCUAAUUUUUUUGAUAAAACAAAAGACAAAGAAUCUACCCAGAUCCAUCAUCCAGAAGAAGAUUAUAGCACCGCCGCAUUUGUGUCUGCUGUCUCUCUUCAUUCAAUGAAUUUACCGAUAGCAGAGAUGGGAAAUGCAGAGAGUGCUGUUUUCUCAGCCACCCUUCCAGGGCCUGGAGACCCCGGGGCACCGCCUCUCCCCGCCGAGCUCCAGGCAGAGCAGCAAGAACCGUGUACUAGUUCUAGUGACAAUUGCUUUUUGCCUUUAAGAUCGCGUUCUCUUCAACCACAGUGAACAUUGUGACUUUUGGCUGUUCAUCCAAAUGGUACUGAAACUUUGUGUGAUGUCUUAUAAAGGUUAAAAAGAUGUUUUCAAACUGCUAACUAGCAAAAACAAUCUAUGUUACUUACUGUUUUUAAGGAGGGGUUGGGGUUUUUUUUUUGUAAUUGGGUGACUCUGGAGCUGCUUGAUUUAUGUUCUUUAGGGAGCUUUUUUUCAAAAGGUCAUGUAUUAUACCAGCAAAGGUUUGUUUUUUAAACCAAUGUAUUUAAGAUUUGCAUUUAGUUGCAGGUAUUUAAGCUGCAGUUAUAGAACAAAUGGAUUUUUUGAUUAUUACCAAAACUAACAAGCCUGUUUCUCUUAAAGUUUCUGUGACGGGUGAAUUGGGAAAGAUGGUUAGGAAAAAGUAUUGAGUAUUGAAAAAUAACAAUCAGAACUAAAAGCUUAAGCUCACGUACCCACAAGCUUUUAACUCAUUUCCCAAAUUAAGCAUUUCUCUGCAGGGUAAAUUCUGCCCUCUGUGUAUGUGUGUGCAGCUCCGUUUGCAAGAAGAAACCCAAUCUGGCCAAAUCUGUAGCUAUACUUAUUUGCAAGAAGUUUUCUUAAUUGUCUGAACUUUGUUCUCUGUCCUACCAGUAAAUCAAAAGGCACUCGGUAUCGCAGUGAUUUCAGUUAGCAAAUAUACUUCCACAAGUCUUAGCAUGUUAUUCUUGUAUAUUAGUUAGAGAUUUCUGAUUUGAGAUGCACUUUAAGUAUAAAUUCUCAUCAAUACUGGAAAAGGAAUGUAAACUGCUGUAACAGCAUCGUGUGAGCUGUAAGAUAAUAUUGUUGUAUAAUGCUGUUAAGGAGCAAAGCUUGUGUGUUUUGUCCCAGUAGGUAAGUGGAGGAGGAGUCCUGUCGCAACAAGUGUCCGUAACUGAAGGACUCUUGGAAAUGUUGCACUUCAGAGACCUACUCUUCAAAGCAGACAAGUUUACAUUUCAAAUUGUUUGGAGUCAAAUGCAUUUUAAACUAUUUCAACAUGGGAAGGUUCUCAUUUCUUGACACAAUGUAACAUGCUGUAUUCCACUCGUACUCUACUCCUGAGCUGUCAUCUGCUUUUUAUGAAGUCGGCCUAGAACCACUUUAAAAUUACUAGGCAAAGGCAGGCGCUUCCUUGGAAACGUGUACGGUUGUGUUCUGUAGUACUACACUUUAAAGUGACGGGAUGUUUUCAGUAUGUCAGAGGAUAGGUUUGUAUUUAACGUUUUAAAUUAUUUUGGCCCUCGUGCAGUUCUGUAGCCAUGUAAUUCCACUCAAAUUCAAACCCAGGUAAUAUUCCUAAACUGUGUUCCCCUUUUGUGGAGACAGGCCAUCUGCAGGACCGCAAUAUAGUCUCUACAUUUUUUUGUGUUUAUUCUGGUUUUGAAAGUAGCUUAAAAUGAACUGCAAUGUUCGGUUAUGCCCCAUACUUAGUAUAGGAAUAGCUGACAUUCGGUAGAGGUGUGGGCUUCUCUUCAGUAUUUAUAAAGAUCCUUGUUUUUCUCGUGUACAUCAAAGGUCAUAGACUGUCAGGAUGGUGAAAAUGCUUUUCAACAAAACUGCUUGGUUUAGAAGGCACUCUAGAAGUUAAGUGCCUAGAUAUGCAAGCAAAAUUUUGCUCUCUAACAGAAAUUAGGGUUUCAAUCCCUCUCUUCCAUUAACUUGGGCUGCAGUUGCACAUGCUCAGGAUGUCUCCAAAUUGAUUUGUCUAAAUGCCUGCUGUAACCAUGUAGAGCUGUGGUUAGGUUUGUGUCCCUUCUUGGAUUCUUGUAGGUGGACGAGAGCGAGCAGGCUUGGCCUUAACUGAAGAAGAGCAUUAGCUCAGGGUGAGGACGGCCUCGCAGCUGUAAAUCCAAACGCGCGAGCCAUGCUGCCUGCCCCGCUGCGUAGCCUGCAGCACGCCUGCCUGUGCAGGGACCGCUCCCGCAGUGGAGCCUGUUAACCUGAGACUUUAAAUGAAUGUAUUAUCUUACCAAGUGUUUAUAACAUGCCUUUUAAAAAAAAAAAUUGAAAUAUUUUUAUCACAAUUUUUGGAAUAAAUUCUUUUGUAUAAUUA